GAAAAAAAAAAGAAAAGAAAAAAAAGCCAAAUUUAGUUUUCGCACGAUAUCUGGACAAUUAAAUUUUGGCUCUCGGCCGAUCAACUACCUCAGCCGUUGAAAGAUGGAGAAACGGCGGGAAACGGAACCCUCGCUCACGUGACUCGUCAUCUGCUGCCUGCCCGUGGUUGCACGAGCUCACAUAAUCUCCUACCCACAGCGCCACCAAACGGGACAGACAUUCCGAGUUCUAAAUUUAGACGGCGCGUGGAUGAUAGUGCCAGGUUUUUUAAUUUCAAACUUUUGUGGGGGAAAAAAAAGUUAAAACAAGAAAUGUGUUGUAUUUAACUGCCAGAUACUGAACUGCACGAAUGUCGGUCAGGCGUAUGCGCAAGGUGAAGGUUGGAUACUGAACUUGACAUUGGCUGAAUUGGUUAUGUCAAGACUUCAACCCCCCGUCUUAACUCAACCAAGUGUUUAAAGAUUUGGGUCACAUUACGUUGGAUUAGUGAUCAACACUCACAGCGUGUGACCCGGGGGUCAACUAUUCGACCUUGAGAAUGUGUUUCCUGGUUGACGAUGACGAGCCCGGGGGUGGGUCCCGGGGUGGGUCCCCCAAGCUGCAGCUGAAGAAACACCGGCGGUGGGUCGUCCCCCCGAGGGUCGUGAUGGUCAUCCUGGCCACGUCAAUCAUCUUGUUGUUCCUGGGGCUCAUUCUGUUGGCCAUCGGAGGCGGCAUUGGCAGUCUAGUGCUCCGUGUGAUUGGCGGCAUCAUGCUGGGGUUCGCCCUCUCAGGUCUGCUCGUCUGUCUGUGUGUCUGUCAGCUGGCCUACUUUUUCUACGGGACCAGGGACCAGGAUGUGCAGACGGAGUUCCAGUGGACGGACGAGUACAUGACGGAGUCGCCUGGGUACGCCAGUAUAGGCCGCCCUUCGGCCUUGAAGUCCGCCAACUCCACGCUCAACAGAAACGGCACCUUGGGUCAGAAAAAAGUGACCAUGGCACCGGAAGUUGGACCCUACGGCGAGAGCCCGCCCAAUGCCAUGCAAGGGGGGAGCUUCGUCGUAGGGGGGCGCCAGCCUGAUAGAAGUCCCUCCUUCUCCGGCGGGUUUUUUGGCGAGGGCGUUAAACACGACCCGCGGGGCGCCGGCGGUAGAACCGUCGGGGGCGCCGACGUCGGAACUGGCGGGAUACGGAUUUUACCGGCAGAACAGCCUUUUCCGUCACCCGGAAGUCAAGUGAGCCACAGCACGAUUUCCGGAAGUCAAACGUACGCUGGGUCAAUUGGAAGUCAACAAGCAGGAUAUGGCUCAGCCCAAGGUGGAUACUCGGGGGGUGGAAGCUCCCUCGACACGUAUGCGUAUCCUAAAAGUGUUUCUAUAAUUAGCGGGAACGAGUCCGGGUACGCGGAAUCUGGGUCAGGGUCACAGUACUCGACCUUGAGGUCCAUCCCCGUCCAGCACGUCGUGACCCCGACCCAGCAGAGACCCACUCCACAGGACAGCGUCGACUACGCCCGCGUCAACAAACAACCCAAAAACAUCCAAACCGUCAACAUCGACGUCCAACCCCAGCGUGGCUACAUCAUCCACCAACCCGGGUUCACCCAACCCCAACCCGCCCACAUCCAAUACCAACCCGACGAUUUCGACUACGACAACCCGGUAGAACGCACCCCCAUGCUCCCACCAAAACAGAACCAGUCUCCCAACAGCUACCAUCAACAACAAAUGCAGUACCAACGCCAGCAACAGCAAGAUCUUUACGCCCCGCGACAGAUUCACCAACAGAGCCUGCAGCGUCAGUCCGCCGCCAGCCCAUACACCACCCACCACCAGCAACAGCAACAGUACAGGACGUCCACUUCAUCACCACAGCAGCAAUCCGGCGGCUACGACGACAUCCCGGAACCCCAGCCUCUGGUGUACCCCUCCGCGCGCCGCCCCAUGACCUUUGAGCAGGUGUCAUCAUCCAAAAUCAGCAUGUACGACAACGUCCUAGCCGGUUUAAAGGACGACGAGUAAGGAGGAUAAAAAAGAUGAUAAAACGAUGACUGAUGAAUAAUCGAUACUGGAUAUCUAAAAGAAAAUCAAUCGAACAUAGUGUGGGUUGUAGCCUCAGCUUAGGAUUGGGCUCUUGCCUGUAUUGGGCUAUAGUUUGAAUUGGGCUAUAACUUGUAUUGGGCUAUAGCUUGUAUUGUGCUAUAGCUU